CCUGCGGGCCUGCGCUCGGCGACGCCUGGGGACGCGCCGGACCGUGGGCUCCGCGGGGCCGCGCGCAGCACCAUGGCGCGCCUCCUCCGUGCGCUCGGGCGCCUGCCUUUCCGAGCGGCGCCAGGGCGGGCGGUGCGGUGCCGAGCGGACAGCGGCGGCCUCCGCGCGAGAAGCGGGCCCGGGGACGCAGGCUCCCUUACAAAGCGUGGGCCGACUCUCUCCAAGAGCGAGUGGCAGAAGAAGUUGACUCCCGAGCAGUUCCACGUCACAAGAGAAAAAGGGACGGAGCCACUGAUCCGUCUCCACAUUGAACUCUUCAGAAUGUUGCAGAACUACGGCCUCAGUCAGCUCUGUGGGGCCAAGGAAAAAGAACCUUUCAGUGGAAUCUACCUGAAUAACAAGGAAUCAGGGAUGUAUCACUGCGUGUGCUGUGACAGCCCACUCUUCAGCAGCUGGAGUGUUGUGAAUGUCUGGCACAGCUCUGAGAAGAAGUACUGCUCGGGCACUGGGUGGCCUUCAUUCUCUGAGGCUCACGGGACGUCUGGCUCUGAUGAGAGUAACACAGGGAUCCUGAGACGCGUGGACACCUCGUUGGGACCAGCUCGCAUGGAGGUUGUCUGCAAGCAGUGCGAAGCUCACCUUGGCCAUGUGUUUCCUGAUGGACCUGGGCCUGCUGGCCAGAGGAUUUGCAUCAACAGCGUGGCACUCACGUUCAAACCAAGGAAGCGCUGACUGUCUCCAGUAGUCCCCUUCCCUUGCCACGCCCGCAUUUGCAAACUCGCUUUGAUUCAGUCAGAGGCUGUGCUAAAUUGUACAUCCAGAGGCUGGGUUGUACAUCUAAGAAAGCUCAGUCUACCUUUGACCUUCCAACAUGAAGGUCAUCUCCUAAAACAGUUUGAACUUUUAAUCUCUGCUCACAAAACUGAUGAAAAGCAGGGCUCUACCUUUCAGAGUCUUUCUACCAGGGUUUUAGCAACCUGCCCCACACAGAUCCCAUAUUCACCAAAUGUGUUAAGAGGGAAACUAGCCAUUUAUUUAGGGGCCCCAAGUCUCUGUCAAAUGUUCCUGCUCAUUUCCGUGUCCCCUGACGGAUGCCCUUUGUGGGUACAAACCCUAAAUUCUCAGGCUUUUGGCAGAGUUCAGAAUUGGCCAGAGACCCCAGGAUAGAAGGGGUCUCUGGGGUUCUCCCCUCUCUGAAGUUGUGGUAGACAGAACAGUGGCUCCCCAAAGACGUCUGUAUCCUUACCCCCAGACCUGUAAAUACAUGACUUUCAUGGUAAAAAGGGUCUCUGAAGAUGUGAGUGAGUUAAAGACCUUGAUAGAGAGAGAUGAACCUGGAUUAUCUGGAUGGUCCAUUCUAAUCACAUGAGUCCUUAGAAGUAGAGAACCUUUCCUGGCUGGGAUCAGAAAGAGAGGUGAUGAAGGAAGAAGGGUCAGAGAUACUGCAUUGCUGGCUUUGAAGGUGAAGGAAGAGGACCAUGAGCCCAAGAAUGCGAGUAGCUUCUAGGAGCUGGAAAAGGCACGGAAACAGACUCUGCCCUAGAACCUCAAGAAGGAACGCAGGCCUGCCGACAUCUGUCCUACCCCAGGGAGACCCUUUCCCAGACUUCUGUGUCACUGUGAGAUAAUAAAUGUGUGUUGUCUUAAGCCA